AUGCGCUCGACCUGCGUGGCGCUAUGUGCAGCUGCCGCACUGGGCUUCACGUAUGGCAAGGAUACCGCACAAGCUCCACGUACGCCGCGUAACAUCGCUGAACUGGCAUCAGAAUCUCGACCUUUCGAGUGCAGACCUUGCGGAUACCAUGGGAAGGUCUGCUGUAUAGCGGGCACGGAGUGCACUUACAACGACGAUGACGAGCCUGUCUGUGUCCUACGAGACAUUCCUGCUACAACCGCGGAACCUACCUAUAUCGCCAACAGCGCAACUUGCAACUAUGCACUGAAUGAGUCUCCAUGUGAAGAUACAUGCUGCGCCUCGGGGCAGUACUGCCACCCUCAUGACCCGGGUACAUGCGUGGUAGCUAGAGGACCCGUCGUCGAUGUUGAAGGCGCUACCACUGAUCGGCCGGAGAUCGCCUGGAAUACUCUUUCGAGCACUUCCGCUGCAGAAGACGCGACAGAGUGGCCCACAGACACAACAGAUAACGCCACCAUCUUCACCACGAUGACCACCGAGGAGUUGAUAGCACGCGCAGCGGAGGCUACGACUGCGACCAUUGGUGGAUCGAUCGCACGCGCCGGGGAAAUGAGACAUGCCAGUUGCAACAAUCUCGAAGGGACGCGUUGCGCCAACGUCUGCUGUGGCUUAGAGGAAGACUGCGCCGAUGCUGGCGGAUGUACGCCAAAGUACGAUGGCGCCACCGCAACAUACGGAGCUACCGGGAAAGGACCACUGCGGCCGCUCGAGACUGCCAGGAUGAACAACGGGCUAGAUUAUGUCAAGCAGGGACUCGGCCUCACCUCCUGGUGUGACGAUCAGACGGACACCUGCCCGCUGCUGUGUGGCGGCGAGCCGACCGCGAACGAGUGCUACAGUCCGGGAGACUCCGGUAUACGGGAUCCUAAUGCAUUUCAAGUUCUUUGUGUAUGCGCUGAUGGCAGCGUGCCCGACCGAUCGCAGUAUAUCCACACUCUCGAGGACCACAUCUGCCAGCAAGAGCGGGACGAUUGUUUGAACAAGCUACUGAAUGCAAAGAGCUUCAAUCAAAGCUUCAAUCUAGAUGAUCAAGACCGCUGCUUUGAGAAAGCAUGUGCGGAGACAGAGAUCCGACCUUCGCCUUUCAACCACACUUUCGCAGUACCUGCCAACAUCAAGCCACAAGCUGUCAUUGCAGCCCAAACAACAACCAUCAACUUCCCAUUCACUAGCGGCGACGGAUUCCACCACCGCGGUUCCAUCGUUGCGGUCUCGGGUGUGGCCACCACCAUCAAGCUACAAUGCGACUACGACUUCAGAUGCCAGGAAGCCGCACCCACCAUUACUAUGAUGAUCGCACCAAACAACCUAGACCUGUACGUCGCCCGCGGCUCCGAAAACGUACGGCAUCUCGCUUGCAAGUGGCCGGAUAUCGGAGACACGACCUGUGCUGAAUCUGCUGCUGAUGCGGCGGUUACAAGAAACGGGGUCACCCUUGAUGCCACAUUGUCCUUCGAGACUACCACGUUCGGCAAUGAAGGGGCGAGCCUUGUGCCUCUUACGGUUACAGCGGGUGCGUACAAGCUAGUCCAAGCCACAGGAGACUCCUCGCAAGAUGGCAACGACAUGGGCGUGGGAGGAGGAUCGGGUGACGGAGGCUGGGACUUGCAGGUAUCGGCUCCCAAGGCGAAAGGCAACGCUGGUGCGAGUGUACAGGUAGGAGCAUCAGCUGCGCUGGUCACAUUGAUGCUCAUGCUUGUGCUGGCACUGUGA